CCCUUUGUUCCAACAACAGAUGGGGACUUUCUACCUGAUGAUCCAGAAGAGCUUCUGCAGGAUGGGCACUUUCAGGUCAAACCCAUUCUCAUUGGUGUCACCUCCGAUGAAGGGUCAACUUUUGUGCCAUAUCUUUUUCCUGGCAUAAACGAUGGCCUAAUAACUUGGGAACAACUACUGAGAGGAGCGAGCAGAACACUAAGGAAGGCUACUGAAGAAACUGUUCAGGCUGUGGCGCUGAAGUACAGUGUGGAAUGCCAUGGUCCGGCACGACACCGUUGGGCCAUGUCACGUCUUUGUGGCGAUUACUUUAGUGUAUGCCCAGCAACUGAGUCUGCUGGAAAGUUCACACAACGUGGAAGCCCUGUGUAUCUUUACUCCUUCAGGCAUCAUUCCUCAGGGUCCGUUUGGCCCAGGUGGAUUGGGGCACCGCAUGGUGCUGAGCUCCCUUAUGUGUUUGGGACCCUUGAGUCAGUGUUGGACGUCAACCAAACAUACACGCAGGCCGAGGCAGCCCUGAGCAGUCGGGUGAUGCAGUACUGGGCAGAAUUCUCCAGGAGUGGGAAUCCCACAGGGUCGACGGCCAGCACGGUCCAGUGGUCACGCUGUACCGCCACGCAGCAGAACUUCUUCCAGCUUAGCACUGAGCCACCCCAGAUUAUGAAGGUAUCUCCUGCCCGGCAUUGUGGUUUCUUGGACUCGUUUUCUUCGAAGACUGCGAAUCCACGUGAGUCCGGCUAUUUCUCAGGGCAGGAGAGUGCGUUUGAAUGAGAGACAAGGGGUGACUGAGCCCCCUGUGAGAAACAUUGCUGGCAAUUUUGCUUUCUAUUGAAGCUGAGACCUCUCUGUUCUGAAUGAUUGUCGCAUACCUUCUUUGAGCAGGGGACUGCUUACUCACACUCGUGCGGCUCAGCAGGGAGCCAUCAAGCUGGGCAUAAACACUGAUGAUUAAAGUGAAAAAGUUCUCUGG